CACUACUUUUUGCGUUUCCGUUUAUGAUACCCCAGUAGUAGCCUAAUAUCAGAAUCCGCAGCCCCAACACUAUCACCACACCACAACACACUACGCCGCAUUGCUCAAUCAUGGCGUCAAAGGCCGUCAACGUUCCCACGAACCAACAGCAGAAGGAGAAGGACGUCAAUGCUAAGCUCCAGCUGUACGGCAUCUACUCUGCCUUCGCCAAUGGCAAGGUUCCAUCAAACAAGCAAAUCGACGUCGCACUAAACAGCGCCCUUUCAUCCAAGGCGCUUGCGUCCCCGUCGAAAAAGCUCUCCACAGAAGGCCAACAGCUCGUCGGCGACCUACGGGACGUCAUUGAGAAGGCCAAGAUCCUGCUCCUCACCAAGAACGACGGCAACCUCCUCCAAGACUUCAUCUGGCAGACCCAGCAACUAACCGGCGGCAACGCUGCUGUUCCUGGCGCACCCGUCGACAAGGAGACUGCCAAACAACACGGUAAUGAGGCACUCGAGGGUCUGCGCACACUCGGCACGCUGAUAAUCUCCAACGGACAGUUCAGGAAGCUCCUGAGCGACGCUACCAUUCUCCUCCGAGACAUUGCUGGCGAUGGUGCACAGAAAGCUGCCAACAAGGUCAACCCGGGCGAAGAACAGCUUUCCCAGAUAGAUCGCCCUGCCGCCGAUAACACCUGGCACGAAGUGCCGGACCUGUCCAGGGAUAACCUCACUGGUCAGCUCAAGUCCAGGGUCCCAUUCAGCAAGGGCGACGCCCAGAAGGCCGCUGGCGAUGUCACUCAGGCUGGUCAUCCCGAUGGAUCUCGCGACCCCGCUGAUGCGGCUGAACUUGCACAGUCCGAGGCUCAGAACGGAGGUUCUUCUGGUCUGAACGCGAAUGCCGCCGCUGGGGAGCUCAGGAACCAAGCUUCUGACAAUGUCCCGGAUGAGAAGAAGGACAAGCUCCGCGAACAGCGUGAACGCACCAACAACUACCUCAGGAGCAAGAUGCCAAAGGAGCGCCGUGAACAGACCAUCUGGCGUCUGAAGAAGAUGGUCGUCGAGAUUCAAGGUCACCAGGAUUAUCUCCGUGCCGUUGAUACUCUUUUGCGCCUCGCUGAGGAGUACACUGGUCACUCCAAGAACCUUGCUCAACAGGGCAAAGGAACCGUGAAAGGUGCUCAUACUGAUGACAGCUUGCAAUUAGCUGAGGCUGACUUGAAGACUCUCAUCGAACGCUUUGCGAACAACACUUCCUCCGAUGAUCUCUUCGAUUCCAUCAACCAAAUCUACCGUGAUGCCGAGAAGGACCCUGAGCUCAAGAACUGGUUCAAGCAACUCGACACCUAUAUCCGAAAGUGCUUGAAGCAGCAGGGCUACAUCAUGGAGGACAGGUCCACUGAUGAGUGGAAUGAGCUCUACGAUCACGGCCACUUCCUCCUCCGCGAGCGCUACCGCGGCCACACCGACCGAAUUGUAGACGAGUUCAAGUACUUCGGUCAAGAAUUCGACAAUGACCCGCAGAACAAGGCUUUUGGCAAUAGCCUCCAAACCCUCUUCCAGCAUCUCGGCAAUGACGAGAACGGCAAGCCCACCUUCAAGCCUCAUCUCAUUAAGGACCUGACUGAGGUCAUCAUUCCUGGUAUCUUUGAGAACAUCCGCUAUGUCCCUAUCCCUCGCAUUGAGUACUCCGAUCCUAUGAUGGAUGCCAUCGUCGAGAACUUGGUCAUUGAGGGCGACAACCUUGCACCCAAUGUCCUGGAGUUGAGCAGUGACAACUACUGGCGCUGGGGCCGCAAGAAGAUCUCCAAUAAGAACAAAAACAAGGUUAUGCUGUCAGUAUCUGGCGUCCAGAUGGACCUUAAAGAUGUCUCUUACUACGUCAAGAAGAAGGAGGGCUUCCCAUCCAUCACCGACACUGGUGUCUGCGACGUCUUCAUGGGCGGCAACGGCUUCAGCUUCAAGGUCGAGAUGGAGACCGCCGACAAGACUGAUACGGCUCACUUCUUCAAGGUCAAUAAGGUUAACGUUGAAGUUAAAAAUCUUAAUAUCAAGCUUAAGCAAUCCAAGCACAAGCUUCUCUUUGGCCUCUUCAAGCCACUUCUUCUCAAGGUCAUGCGCCCGGUGAUCCAGAAGGUUCUGGAGAAGCAGAUCAAGGACAACAUCCACCAACUGGACGGUCUUAUCUACGAUGUGAAGACCGAAGCCGACGCUGCCGUUGCUGAAGCCAAGCGCAACCCUGAUCCGGAGAACGUUCAGAACAUCUACCAGCGCUACGUAUCUGCUGCCAAUAAGAAGAUCCUGCAGGGCAAGCAGAAGAAGGAGGAGGUUGAAGCGAAGACGGCUGACAAGCACGUCAAUGUGGCUGUCACCCAGGAAGACUCCAUCUUCAAGAACAUCUCCCUUCCCGGCGGUAUUUCUACAAAGGCUACGGAGUUCAAGCAGCUCGCCCGCAAGGGUGACAAGUGGGAGUCGCCUGUCUUCAGCAUCGGCUCCGCCAAGGAGACCAGCAACCUUCCAAAGACGGGUGCUGUCUCCAGGAAGCGCGGUACCGUCGCUGGUGCUGGUGCUGGAAUCGGUGCCGGUGCUGGUAACGAAUAUGGCGCUGGUGGCCUUACCCAGAAUCGCACCGUCGGCAAUGGUGGCUACGAGAACUCCAACUCCAACGGCUUCGGCGGCCAACUCGACAACGCUUUCAACACUGGUGCUACCAACGGAGGUGUUAACGGUGCCUUGCCAUCUUCCGACCCCUACCACACCACAAUGGGCAAGCAAAACCCUGUCCUCCAGGGCUCCGUCUAAACCACUCGAUACCCCAAAACUUUUCCGACGGUGCCAAAUCCGCAUUGUUUGUGAUGGACGCCAUGGUUCCUUUCGCCACGAUGGAAACGCACCCGCUUGCAUGGGACGGCUUCAUCUCCUAAGUAGAGGAGGAUUUCCUUUUGUCAUGAUACCACUUUUCGCGCUUGCGCAGUACACAUCUUGGACGAUGAAAAGUAAUGGGAGGAGGCUGAGUGGAAGGCGCCUGAGGGCAUGAGUUGAAAUUGGAGAUGG